CCGAUUACUUUCGUGGUGAACUCUACCCGAGAAGUGUUGGCUGCAUCUGGCUAUCAUGUCCCAUGACGGUGUGAUAGAAGAAAUUGGAUUGUUUCCGGAAGAGGGAAGGUUGGAGGAUUUGGAGAGGGACCCGAGAUAUUCGAAUCCAACGCUCCAAAUUCCUCAUAAUUCAGCCUCUGACACCCACCUCAGUCCUCUAGAAAUGACCACGGAAGAGGAUCUUGAAUCCGGCAGUCUUGCUGUAUCCCGCAUCGGCCGAUCCACUGCAGGUCUUGAUGUUCCUUUGCCAUCAAGUAGAGAAUCCAAUCUUGAUUUGACUCAUGCUCGGCCACGCUCCCACCGGAGAAAAUCCAGCGGACCAGCCUCUAUACCACCGUCUCCAUCUUCUCAUCGGACGUCAUCUCUUAUGCUUGCAAGCAAUUCAAUAACUGCAUCAAAGCAAUCUGUGCGAUGGUCGCAGGAUCUGGAAGGCGGACAUCGGCCUGUGGAAAGCAAACAAGACAACACGCCAGACACGGAAAGUUUGAAGAAGGCCUCUGAUGAAACAGAUACUCGGCCAAUGCCUCAACCCACGGUCCUAUUGACCCAGCCUUCCAAUUUGGAAAUCGAUAUGAAAGCGUCUCAAAAGAAUAACAUAUCAUUGCUUGUGCCCGCACCCGAAAUCAUCAAAACGGCUUUGAUGUCCCCUUUACCAGAUUUUAAACCCAUCUCAUCAGCUUCAACUAGUCCUAAUCCGGUCAAUGCGCAGGGUGCCGAUCCUUUCCACAACCCGUUCAAUGAUGGCGCAACUCUAACGCAACGGAAGAAAAGAUCCGGAACACCAUUGGCUCAGGGUGGAAGACGAAUGUCGCUGGGUGCCGCGCUUUGUAUUCCACCACCGCCUCGAAUAGAUCACAACAUGAGCGCGAGAAAAGUGUUAAAGCUCAGUUUGGGUGCACUUGGUAUCAUAUACGGCGACAUUGCUGUCAGCCCGCUCUUUGUCCUUAAGACCAUUUUUUCGGGGGAGGACCAUUCCGCAAGUACGGAGCACGGCGAUGAGCACGUCCUCGGGGCUCUGUCGUUCUUGAUCUGGAUUGUCACUCUAGUGUGCUGUGUGAAGUACAUUUGGUUGAUACUGAAAGCGGACAAAAACGGGGAGGGGGGCACUUGGGCGUUAAUUUCGUUGUUGCCCACGGAAGGCGAUGAUUCGGUUUUGGCGAAAUAUCGGAAAUAUAUCUAUGUACUUGGAUUACUUGCUGCCAGUUUCAUUGUCGCUGAUGCCGUAAUAGCACCGGCAAUAACCGUACUGGCCGCUUUUGAAGGAGUCAAAGAGUACGCUAGUUCAUUUAGCGCUUGGGGGGGAGUUGGCUGCACAUGUGCCAUCCUCACACUUGUUUUCUAUGUGCAACGGUUUGGAACUUCCUCUACCCAGAAGUUUUACGGACCUAUAUUUGUCGUGUGGUUCCUCACAAUAGCGAUGAUCGGACUCUACAACAUUUCUCAAUAUCCCAAAGUUUUUGCAGCUAUCAGUCCGCAUUAUCUUGGACUGUAUAUCCAAGAUGAACCGUUGACAGGCUUUUUCUUGCUGAGUCAUGUCGUAUUAGCCAUGGCUGGAGUAGAGGCUCUGUAUGCGGAUCUGGGACACUUUUCGGCUCUUCCCAUCCGGCUGUCAUUUUUAGGUGUCGUCUAUCCUUCCAUCAUGUUGAGUUACAUAGGCCAAGCGGCAUAUGUUAUCCUACAUCCGGAAGCAGCUCGGGACCCCUUUUUCCAUUCGGUUCCAAGCGCUGUCAAAUGGCCUGUUCUAGUCAUUGCAACGAUGGCAGCCAUCUUGGCUGCCCAAGGAGCGAUCACCGGUUGCGUUACCUUGAUUGAUCAAUCCAUAUCGUUUAACGCGUUCCCAAACAUCAAAACCAAGCAUCCUAGCAUCGACAAUGGCAGCGAAGUUUACAUUCCAUUUGUCAAUUUUCUUCUUUGGAUAGGAUCCAUCUCUUUAACUUUGGCAUUCCAAAGCUCAGAAGGGCUGGCGAAUAUUGCUGGUAUCUGUAUUAGUGGAUCAAUGACAGUAACCUCCUUCCUGUACGGACUUGUCAUGUUGUACGGGUGGAAUCUUCCCCGGUGGAAAGUAGCUCUAUACGCUAUUGUGUUUUGGAGUAUAGAUCUCCUCCUUUUCGCUUCCUCUAUGCGUAAAGUUACCUCUAUGGGCUGGGUAUCGCUUCUAAUUGCCAUGUUCAUCUUUCUAUUGAUGUACACCUGGUACGUAACCACGCGCGAAGUCAACGACUGGCUCCAUGAUCGGCUGCUUGCUAUGAGCGAGCUGAGACAGCAUGUGAAGGCCAUCACUAGAACCCACGGCACCGUUGUGUUUGUCAGCAACACGGACGAGGAUGUCCCCAACGUCCUUAAUAUUUGCGCCAGAAGACUCAACAGUCUACCGAUGAAUAUCGUCUGCAUGACUGCAGUCAGUCAACCAGCUCCGUUUGUUGCAGACGAGGAAAAGACGGUCUUCCGAACCAUUGAUGCCAUGGCGGGGAUUUAUAGACUGGUCAUUUCUUACGGGUACGCUGAACGAUCUAUCAAUGUGGUCAGUGCAAUGGAGCGUGCCAAAAAGCGGGGUCUUCGAAUGGCAAAAGACGAUAAAGUUGUGUUUAUCGUCGGUAGGGAACUCAUUCAAUCCGGAGAAAAAGCACGAUGGCUGGAUCGCAUUCGGCGAGCAUUAUAUGAUACCUUGUCGAGAAACACCCAGGGAAAGAUUGACUACUAUAAUUUGCCUCAUGAUGCUACAUUGGAGAUGGCCAGCUAUAUUGUCCUUGAUCCUAAAGACUUGUGAUGUAAUUACAUGAAAAAGAAGUCACUACUUAGUAAAUAUAGUUAGUUUUGUUGUGUAGUAAACUGUGAAUAACCGAACAGCAAACGGUACCCC